AUGCAGCCGGUUUUUGUUGUCCUUUUUCUUGCCUCCGUGUGUCUUGCAUCAGCCUUUGAUAAAAGAAUUAUCAGGGCUAACGCUACCUUCUCAAGCAGAAGUAGUUAUGACUCACUAACAGUUCCUAACGGAGCACGUUGGGGUGAUUGGGCAUGGGUUGAAAUGUGCCCAGAACAAUCAUAUGCCAUUGGCUUUAGUAUAAAGGUGGAGGAAUAUGGAGGAGGAGGUGUCGAUGACACUUCACUCAACGGGAUCCGCUUAUUCUGUUCCACUGAGCAUACCAACAACAUUAUGUAUACCAUUGAAUCAAAGAGUGGACAGUUUGGACAUUGGUCAGGGAUUAGGUGGUGCCCACAGAAUGGUGUUUUGCUCUCCUUUCAGCUGAAAGUUGAACCUGACCAAGGACCAAUACUUGAUGACACAGCAGCAAACAACAUCAAAUUCCGUUGUAGCAAUGGUCUUCCCCUAGAAGAAACUGGUGGUCUUUUUGGUGACUACAGUGAGUGGAGCAAGCCCUGUCCUAAAGGUGGAAUUUGUGGCAUUCAAACCAAGCAGGAGCUAUAUCAGGGCAUUAUGACAGAUGAUACAUCACUGAAUGAUGUUCGCUUCUUCUGCUGUGAAUAAAUUCUGUUGAAUCCA